AUGGCCCCCAAGAAAGCAACCAAAAAAAAGUUACCUGAACGAGGAACAGACGGUCGAUUCCUUGCAUCAGAUAAAAGCCUAAACUCUUCCACUACCGCUUCUUCACUUGCAACAUCAGCUAAUUCGUCUCCUUUAGACACACCAGAAGUCGUAAAUCGCAGCCUACCGGACACUACCUCAGAUAACGGAGAGUACAAAGCUGACCUUGAAGACAAUCAGGAGAAAGACGAUGAUUUAGACUCGUUACCAGGUGCUCCUAAUCCAGAAGCUAUCAUUUGGCCCACAGAAGACAUUCCAUCGCCCCCAUUUAAUCCGACAGAACAGACCCAGAAAUUCAGCCGUAAAACCCCGUUACCAGCCUCAUUGCCCACCGCAUUAACACCAGUAAAACCGUUAACGAUAAGGCUUCCCAUACUGCCGAUAACACCCCCAAACUCGCAGCUCACAGUACAAACAUCAGCCCAAUCUCCAACGUCACGCAGAAUGUCCAGUAACUCCACGCCAGGAUGGUUCCAUAGCAAACCGGACGAGAAUGCCCAGAACUUCUUAAGGGAGGUAGACCGCUACAUAGUACUCAGCGACUUAAAGACCGAAGCCGCAAAAGUCAUUGUGUUUAGCACACUCCUCUCAGCGGGAUCGGUCGCAGACUUAUGGUGGACCAAGUUAGACAGCUCGAAGAAGACAACAUGGGCAGACGUACAGAGCGCGUUCACCAGUAGAUGGUUGGCAAUCACCAUCGCAGAGAAAACAGGCCUGGACUAUCAACAAGAGAUACUAGCACUGCGCAUCAAUGAAGAAGAGCUAGGAAUGCAGGUCACAGUAGCAGGAGUCCCAACCUGGGCUCACCUACGGUUUCACGCUCAGAUACAACAACUCGUCAACGAAGCAGGGACAAGUGAGACAGCGGGCCUAGUUUAUCAAGUGAGAGAGAAUAUGCCGAUGGUGAUCAAAGAUUUCACCACCCCGGGGCUCGCGGAUUGGACAAAGUUCUUGGACGAGAUCAAGGCCAUAGACACGAAUAAGCUGUGGGAGAAAGCAGAAGCAGUAAGGAAGAAGAGGGAAGUGGAGAAGGCGCAGAACACCCGUUUAGCCAGACUCGAAGGUCUGCAGACAGAUGCAAUCGAGGUCUUACGCUUACAGCUCCAACGCACCAAUCUUGGAACCACGCAGUCCGGAAUUACAGCAUCGAACACCACACCCUAUUCAUCCAACAACACAAUGUCUCGCAUAUGCGAUGUACCCAGAACGUCCACGGCUAGACCACCAGUGCGGCAACGUCAACCGCUUUCACCAGAGGAGAAAGAGAUGUUGCGCAGUGGAGUCAACGAUAUCCCACACCAACCAGACACUGCUGCAGGCAUCACCACGUACGAAGAGCAAUUGAAGCAGUGGUUUGCCAAGUACGGGCAAGAUGGUAGAGUCAACGAGAGCACGCAGUUCCCCCUUUGCCCAGGUAGUGCGAUGAUAUGUUCUGGAGAAUGCUUCAAGUGCGGAUCUCAUGGACACAUCGCAGGAGCAUGUCCGGCACCAGAAGCAUCCCAGUUGGUCAUACAAGAGAAGAUAUGGCGCAGUAUAGCGGCACGAGAACUAGGGAACUUCAACCAAGGACACGCAACACAGAUCGAUCUAAUGUUUGAGGAGGAAUACGCGCAGCGAUGGGAGCAGGGAAAAGGACAAGGGUCGUCAGUGUAG